AUGGAGGCUAAUGAUAACGAAGCAACAUCGUUCGCGGAAAUUGACUUAUCUUCUUCAGCUAAUUUCGGUACAACGACUUUAGAAAACACCUCUUUUGGUGACGCUGACGCUAACACCUCGGGAACAACUACUCCAACUCACGAAGGAAUAGCAGCGGACAAUAUUAAUAAUGCUACCAAUUUAUCUUCGGAUAAAGAUAAAUUUGCGAAAGGGUUAUCUAUUUUAUUGAAACCUGUCAUUGAAGAGAUGGAUACCAGAAUUAUUGCUGUUAAAUCUAGUCAGUCAGAACUAAACAAAGAGAUUGAGAGACUAUUAGCAG